AGGUCACAAGUCAUUAUACCUUAGCCAGCAUGAGUGUGCCUUGCUCCGACCAGGAUUUUAGGCCGAUGAAGGGGAAGAAUGCAAGCUUGCCACCGGGGGUUACAGCAGAGAGGUGUUGGUGCGGCCGCCUUGCGAAGGUGAAGGAGGUGGUGGAUUUUUCCGAUAAGUUCGGCAUGAAAUAUUUCAUGUGCGCUUAUUACGAUCAUGAUCCACCCGCACGAACAAGUUCAUCGUCCUCGAGGCCUGCGUCUCCCCCGCCCCUUUGCAACUGGUUUCACUGGAUAGAUCAGGAGCAGCCGGAUUGGGCGCGCCGUGAGGUGGAGGAAAAACAGAGGCGUGCAUGGGCAAGGUUCCAUGAGGAGGAGCGUUUCGAAAAGGCUAUUGCUAAUGAUAAAGCAGAAAGAGAGAGGAAAAUACAAAAAUUAAGGGCAGAGCAAGCUCGAAAUCGUGAGGUAAAUCAGAAGCGGAUGGAUGAUGAGGCUGCACGUAGGUAUGCAGAGGAAGAGGUGCGUAGGGAGACCCGUGAAGCGGAAAUGAAGAGAUUAAGAGAAAGGGCUGCUGAGGCGUAG